GCACAGUAUAUAGUUUUCACUAAUCAUCCUAUUACAUCCUGUCGUGGCUAUAUUUCUGCCAUUGCUCAUAAUUUGCCUAUAAUUUUACGCCAUUUUGUUCUUCGUUGUUAGUUGCUUCCGUGAACGUGAGGUGUACAACUUUUCUGAUUUUCUUGAUUUUACAUUUUAUUGUGCUCGCUUUUUUUGAUUAGCUUGCAGAACGUAAGAACAAGACGGAUUUCAAUCAGCAUCAUUUAGAUUUCGCCGAUUUUUAAAAACAUGACAUACGCAAGUAGUAAACCGAAUUCUCGUGGUUUUGGAAAUCGUGUAAAUGGUCCAGGCGGACGAGGUGGUUCUUUUGGUGGUGCUUCCAUAAGAGGACGUCGUGAUGAGCAGGGCAGUAGAUUUUCAAGUGGUACCAGUCGAUUUAGUCGUGGGGGAAGCUCUAGAGGAGCACCUGGUGGCUCUGGAAGUGGUCGAGGUGCCAUGAGACCUAGUGGGAUAGGAACAAGGGCUUCUGGAAGUGGCGGACCACCGGGUGGUAGCCGUUUCGGUGGCGAUCGUAAUAAAAAUUUUGGCAGAAAAGGAGGCCCAAAUGUACGUUUACGAAGGCCAGCUUGGGACAGUAAAGUACUGAGACCAUUUAAGAAAGACUUUUAUGUUCCACACCCAAGUGUUGCCAAUCGGUCACCUUUUGAGGUUGAUCAAUUUCGAAGAGCUAAACAGAUAACUGUUGAUGGAUAUGAUGUCCCAAACCCAAUUCAACAUUUCAGUGAAGCUAACUUCCCUGAUUAUGUUUUGAGUGAAAUAAUGAAACAAGGAUUUGAUGCUCCUACAGCUAUUCAAGCUCAAGGCUGGCCAAUUGCUAUGAGUGGAAAAAAUAUGGUGGGUAUUGCUCAAACAGGAUCUGGAAAGACUUUGGCGUACAUUCUUCCUGCUAUAGUGCACAUAAGAAAUCAAGAAGCUGUUCAAAGAGGGGAAGGCCCCAUUGUACUGGUUUUAGCUCCUACUCGUGAAUUAGCUCAACAAAUUCAACAAGUUGCCUCAGAUUUUGGGCAUUCUUCUUAUGUCCGUAACACUUGUGUGUUUGGAGGGGCUCCAAAAGCUCCUCAAGCAAGGGACCUAGAAAGGGGUGUUGAAAUAGUUAUUGCCACUCCAGGUCGCCUGAUUGACUUUUUGGAAAAAGGGACCACGAAUUUAGAACGCUGUACAUAUUUGGUUUUGGAUGAGGCUGAUCGAAUGCUUGACAUGGGUUUUGAGCCUCAAAUAAGAAAGAUUAUUGAACAAAUUCGACCUGAUAGACAAGUUCUCAUGUGGUCAGCCACUUGGCCAAAAGAAGUCAGAAAAUUGGCUUCUGAUUUUUUAAAUGACUACAUUCAUUUAAAUAUUGGGUCUUUACAGUUAUCAGCCAAUCACAAUAUCUUGCAGAUUGUUGAUGUUUGCCAAGAGAAUGAAAAAGAAGUCAAGCUGAACAAUUUAUUACAAGAAAUUGGUAACAAUGGGGAGCCAGGUUCAAAAACGUUAAUAUUUGUUGAAACAAAAAAGAAGGUAGAAAAUAUCACGCGAAAUAUCCGCAGAUACGGGUGGCAGGCAGUUUGUAUGCAUGGGGACAAAAGUCAGCAAGAAAGGGACAAUGUUCUGAGGGAGUUUCGUAAUGGAAGAUCAAAUAUUUUAGUAGCUACAGAUGUUGCAGCUCGAGGACUUGAGGCACAUGCGAGAUGAGAUAUGAGCGUAGUUAGCAGUCGAGUGCUAAUAUUACGCAAACUGUAUUGCGUUCUUGAAUUUAAAAAGGAUGCAAAAUGAUCAGUAAUUAAAUACAAAAAAGUAAACACUGUCUCUUGCGGUGCCUCUGGCUGGCUGCCCGCCUCUUAUUCCGAGGCUAGAUCAGUUAAACGCAUGAAAAAUCUAUCCAAAAAUGAAUUAAUGUAAAAAAAGUCAUGUCGACAAGAAGGCCGAUUUUGGAAGAUUAACUGUGGCAACUUUCUAAAUGGAUCUUUCCUCCCUUUAAUUUCCCAAUUUUCUUAUCUCUAUACAAAAGUUUUUUAAAUGCAAUGUUGUGGGUAUAACAUUGAAAAAAAAAAUCAAUCUAAACACCACUACAGUUUUUAUUUUCGCAAGAAUGAGCAUUUCUGAUAUUUCAUUAUACCCUUUUAUCCUAUUGUCGUUUUUUUCCGACUACUCCAUUCCAUAUAAUUAAAAAAACCAUUUAGACAACGUGGGAUGUUGUCUUGACAUUGAAUUAAAAUAAAGUAUUGCCAAUCUUCCUGUCGGUCCUGUGCACCGGUAUUCAACGGCGUGUUAUUGGAUCUGCUGCAGCCAGCUUCUCUAUUUGCUACUAUUGCGAUACAGAUAAUUUUUAUAGCCGGAAUCACGACCGACGUGGCAGUGAAAUGGUUAGUAUUUGAAGACUCCUUUUAGUUUAUUAACCAAUUACCCACUUUAUAAUACGUAAGUUAAUUUUUUAAUUUUUUUGUUGACGUGCUAUACAUAUUUAUAAACAUGUACGGCUUGUUUGUUUUAUAAACAUUUUGAUAAUUCCUUUUGAGAUGGGGUAUUAAAAAUUAAAACUUCUAGUAACAUUAAAUUUGACGCAGGUGGAAUUGGAGGGGGAGUCAUGAUUUAAAUGUGGGAUGUUAGAGUUUGUGGGGUAUGAUAUUAAAGGUUACUGCUUACACAUUCUUAUUACUAUAAUUUCUUUUAUUAUAAACUCACCAAAAAAACAAAAACAUUUCAUUUUACCCCUAUUUUAUCUUUGACGAUGUCAGCAAAAAUAAAAUUCUAUUUUCAUGCAGUGGAUUAAGUUCAUUAUUUUUCUUGGUAAGGAAAUCCAACUGUUUUUUCUGUCAACGUUAUUGUUCCGUUGAACAUUACAAAUUAUUUUAGAAUGAAUUAAAUUUUAAUUUUAACCUUAAAAAAUUGUAGGUAUUUUGGAUAAAACAUUCUUUGUUAAAGCAAAUAGGUUUUUACAAAUUAUUUUAGCAUGUAUAUUGUUUUU